GUAAAUGCAUCCUUGGUCCAAGGAUAUUUCAAUUUUCCCCAUAGCUACGAUAGAGCCGAUAGAAGCGAAGCCUGAUUUUAAAGGAUGUGCAAAGAUUGAGGAAUGUGGAAUUCCGUGACGUCAGCAAAAGGGGAAUUCCCUCAAUGAACGAGGAAGCAAAAUUUAAUUCUCAGUACGACUCGGAAACGUCGAGGUGAAUGUCUGCGAUAAGUGCUUUGGGAUAAGUCAUACAAAAGAAGCAAUGGAUUUCAAAAUACAUGGAUCAAGUGAAUGAACCUACAAAUGACCAAUUGAUAAACAUCUGCCUAAGGGAAAGUCCGACGUCAAUAUGACGAAGUAUGGGUCUCUUGAUUCUGGAAUGGGCUCCAUGCCGUCCCAUGGCUCAAUCGUUAAUGAUACUGGACUUGAAUCAGGAAUUGGCAUUCCGGUUCCUGAUAUCAACGAGGGGAAAGAAUACCACGUGUAUUUUGCGUAUGGCGUUUCGGAUGAUUUGGGAUAUAGUUGUAUCAAUGAAAUAUUCGAGUGCUUGGAGAAGCAAGGAUUCCGUUGUUGCAAUGCCGACACGUUUGAACCAGGGGCAACGGUUAUUUCUAAUAUAACCACUUCAAUAGCAAAAAGUGAACAAACGAUUGUGUUUGUCCCCCGUUGUCCAACUGAUGAUUCACUCCUAUAUUUAUUCGAGAGGGAUCUUGUCAUUUGGACAUGGAGUGGCUCAGAGGGGAGACACAAUGUGACUGUUGUUAAGAUGGAAAAAUGUGAUAUACCCGAGAGUUUACAGAUUUUUCCUGCCAUUGAGCUGAAUCAAAAGGGAGCAUUUCAGUUACUUCGGAAUACUUUACUUGAGAGGAAAUGGACCCACGUGCCUCCUGGUGCUUAUAUGUUGAAAUAUGGCGACAGCAAGACGAUCUGCAGCAACCCACCUUGCAAACACAUUUGUAAAUUCAACGACAUCGGCAAACACAAUGAUGAAUGCCCAUUUCGCAUUAUUUCAUGCCCCAAUGCAAACUGUAACCGAGAAAUGUUUGAGUUUAAACUUAAACCACACGAAUUACGGUGCGAAUGGAAAAUAGUUCCAUGUUGCUAUUCCAAAUACGGUUGUACGGAGACAAUGCCAAGGAUUCAUCUUCUUAAGCAUAAGACAGACUGCAUAUAUAGGAUAGUGAGGUGCCAAAAUUUUAGAUGCUGGGAUAAAAUGUUCUUCCACGAACUUAGAGCUCAUAUUGACAAUGCAUGCAACUACACAAAAAUGGCGUGCCGAAACGGAAACUGUGAGGAGGCCCUGUACAGGAAAGAUCUCCAGUCACAUAUGGAUUUCACUUGUAAAUAUCGGACAAUUGAGUGUAUAUACCCUGAAUGCAAGUACCUAGUUGUAGUGGAUCAAAUAUUCCAGCAUCGUCAAAAAUGCCUGUUUAGAAGAUGUAGGUGCCCCUGUGGAUAUAAAUGCUUAUAUAUAGACCUUGGUAAACAUCAAUAUGAAAACGAUUGCAAGAACUGGGAAAACAAUUUAACAAGUUUAUAUAAUUCUGCUGAAGAAAAUCCACAGUGUGGCCAAAAUGAAGGUUCAAAACUAGGAGAGAGACCCAAACACGAGUUCAGAUCAGUGCCCGGAUAUUUCGAGGUUGAUUCAACAUCCAAGUACAUAUCAAAAUCACACAGUGAAUCCAGAUUAUGGAGUACACAUGAUUCAACAAUCGAAUUAGAGAAGUGUUUCAAUGUAAGUCCUAAAUCUAGAUGCGCGACAACUAAAUCUGAAGAGAAACCUAGUACAACACCGUCAUCUGAAUUUGAACCGAAUAUAGCACCACGACCCGAAAAGGAAUUGAACAUAUCACCUAAACCUGAGGAUGGACCAACUACAGCAUCUGAGUCUAAGCAGAAACUUGAUAUCCAAUAUUAUGAAUUCGAAUCCAAUAGAGCAUCAAGUGUUGACCGAGGUUACAAAUCUGACGAAGAUACCGUUAUAAAUCCCGCCCCUGUAUAUGUUACGUCUACUACCAAGCCAUCCAUAAAAUACUCAAAGAGGCGUCUUCCAAAUCGCUCAAUAUCAAUUGGCCACGCGGAUGAAGAUGAUCACCCUUUGUGUCACGACGUUUGCUCGAAGAGGUUUGACAACGAGACUGAUUUGAACAAUAAGAGACAUUCUGACAAUGUUGAGUUUAGAUCAAGAGACACAUUGAGUGAUAAAGGAUUGGCAGUUUUAUUUCUUUAA